AUGCCGAACUGGAAAGACCUUUUCGCCAACCGGGAACGGCGUCAAUUCCCCGAGGUUGUGAUCCCACUUGCCCAUGGCUCCGCACCGAACGAUGCUUACCCCAGCGAUAACUCCAACUCUGGCCUCGACAGGUCUUCUUCUCAAGAAAAGGGCACCGCUGGCUCUUAUUCGAGUGGGCCACUGACUCUGGAAGCUCUCAGGGUCGAGGUUGAGGCUGAUAUUGGCGCCUCGGGCCAUAACACUGUUUACGAUCGCAAAGCAAAGAUCAUCAACAGAGCAGUUCAGGACAUUGGUAUGGGACGCUAUCAAUGGGGUCUGUUCGUGCUCUGUGGAAUGGGUUGGGUUGCCGACAAUCUCUGGCUGCAGGGAGUGGCCCUCACACUGACCCCAAUUGCCAAAGAAUUUGGUGUCUCUGAAAAUGAGUCUCGCUUCGCAACAUGCUCUCUCUUUGUUGGUCUAAUUAUUGGUGCCUCUUUCUGGGGAAUUGCCUCCGACGCUAUCGGAAGACGUCCGGCUUUCAACAUGACCCUUUGCAUUUGCGGUACAUUUGGCCUCGCCGCCGGAGGUGGACCUAACUGGGUUGGAACAUGUGCUCUGUACGCCUGUUUGGGUCUAGGUGUUGGUGGAAACCUACCCGUUGAUGCAGCUGUCUUUUUGGAAUGCUUGCCUCCCAAUUCAAGCAACAUUCUGAGUGGUCUAGCUACGUGGUGGUCUGUCGGUACUUUGAUUGCCAGUAUGCUUGCCUGGGCUUUCAUUCCAAACUUCUCUUGUGAAAGCAUUGAAACAUGUACCAAGGCAAACAACUGGGGCUGGAGGUACCUUGUCUUGACAUUGGGUGCUAUCACAUUUGCUAUGUUCCUCUGCCGUUUCUUUUUCUUCACACUCUACGAGUCGCCAAAGUUCCUGGUCUCUCGCGGUCGUCAGGAUGAGGCUGUGGCUGCAGUGCAAGGAAUCGCUCACAAGAACAAGACCACCACUUGGCUGACCGAGGAAAUCAUGAACGAAGUUGGUGGAUACCCUGAGGAGAACAAGAAGCAGUCCCUAUCCACCGGAGAGAUCAUCAAGCGGUCCCUUGAGAGAUUCUCCGUUCAACAGAUCAAGCCCUUGUUCAAGACUAAGCGGCUUGCCGUUUCGACGAUUCUUAUCUGGUUCUGCUGGACAUGCAUUGGAAUGGGCUACACCCUUUUCAACGCCUUCCUCCCUCAAUACCUAAGCGCCAACUCUUCCACCUACAUCACCUACCGCAACUACGCCAUCACAGCAGUUUGUGGAAUUCCUGGGCCCCUUCUUGGCUGGUACACUGUCGAUAUCAAGUACAUUGGUCGCAAGGGCACAAUGGCGGCCUCAACCCUCAUCACGGGCGUCCUAUUGUUCUGCUUCACAGCCACCAAGGACCCCAACAUCCAGCUCCUGUGUUCCUCCCUGGAGUCUUUCUUCCAGAUGAUCAUGUACGGUGUGCUGUAUGCCUACACUCCCGAGGUAUUCCCUGCUCCCAACCGAGGUACCGGAUCUGGUAUUGCUAGCUGCUUGAACCGGAUUGCUGGUCUCAUGGCCCCGAUCAUUGGUAUCUAUGCUAGUACUGAUCCUGUUGCCCCGAUUUAUGCGGCCGGUGCGCUUAUCUUGGCUGCAUUUGUGGCGAUGUGUUUCUUGCCCAUCGAAACUCAAGGAAAGCAGUCGAUGUAA